UGACUUCACCGUGUGCGCCAACUGGAGCGACAGAAACUUCUGUCUGUCUGUGCUGCAGUCCACUUGUUAAGAUAUCUGGGUAAACGAACUUAAAACGCACGCCAAGUUCCUUUAAAUGUGAAACUAAUGUGUUGUUGGUUUGUUGCUGAAAUUGUAACUUAUUAUUGAAAUAGCUAUAUGACAAGGAUUUCUCUUGGCAAGAAAAAGAUAUCCAGUAUACCACAUGUACAUGAAAAUAUGAAGGAGUGAAAAAAAAGAAUAAUACCAGCAACGUGUUUUGUUCUAGUGUGUAUGACAGCACUCGUGCUCAAUGUAAACAAAAUUUCAGCCGAGGUUGAGAAACAAAACAAUGUAUGUAUACUACCACUACAGCAGCUCCUGUCACCUGCUACAGCGUCCAUUCCCUCGGGCUGCCUACUGCAUCCUUCUUCACUUCUUCCCUCGUUCCUCAUGCAGAAAAAUAAAAAAAGGAAGGAAAUUAUUAGUGCGUAGUGAACUAGUGAUUGUGUGGGAGGUUGUCCCUGCCUGCUAGUGGUCACUGGAUACCCAUAGUGAUACCUGACCCCGCGGUACCUGCCAGGGCACGACACUAGUGCCACCAGGGCUGGGCAGUGCCACCAGGCCCAGCUUCUACUAUCAGGACUACGUAUACUUUGGAGUGGUUUUAAUAGAAGUCAAUCACCAUCUGCAAUGGUAGGUCUGACGACAUACUGGGAAUAUGACAGAGUGUAGAUAGACAACAGUGUCACGAGGGCCUUGUAACGAGUACGUCCAGAGUCAGGUCACCAUUAGUGCCAGCCUUGCCAAGACGCUGCAGACAUCCAUACCUGGCUUUGGGUAUUAAACUACUAACAUCACAAGGUCAGGCAUACCCUGCACAUGUGACACUAGACGCAUUACUAUAUAUCACAACACUGUAAGUCCUGGAAGACUCGACUAAGAGAACUUUUAGAUGAAGUGAAGCCAGGAGAUGAACUUAGUAAUGGUUGCAGAAGAUCGGAAGGAAACUUUGAAGAGUUUGUGAUUGAAAGUGACGUGGAAGACACGCUAGAACUGUGACAGGAAGACGGAAGAGCUGAGAGAUAGAAAGGAUUGUCUUCACGUCACGAUGGAACACGCUUACGAGCUGAGACAGUUUUGUGGUGGGGAGCUGAGACCUGUUGAGAGAUACUACCAGACCCAGGAGCGUGACUGGGAGGGCGGCAUUGACAACGAGGGGCUGGACAUCAGUCAGCUGGAGAGUUACAUCAACGAUGACAACAACGACACCAUGUACUUUGGGGACCUGCAGGGCGGCAUGGCCGAUAUCAAGGCUCUGGGCAACGCCACACCCAGGGACUCACCCUCUCGUCUCCAUCACCAUCAUCACCCUAACCUCCACCACCACCUCGCCCACUCUCAGCACACCGUGACUCACCCUGAGCUCAGUUCUAGUGGCACUUCCCCCACCAGCAUGAGUGGCCCUCUACCCUCCGGUGUGAGCACGGGAGGCGGGCACUCACAGGUGGCCAGGGGCACCAUGCCCAUUGGCUACUACAACCCCUAUCACAGCUAUAACUCCGCAUAUGCUGCUUAUCGGCACCACCUUCCAGACAGCCCUCCUGACUCCAGCUCUGAGCCUUACUCUCCCCUGGAGCAUCCUAACCUCUCCCCACACCAGAAAGUUGGCGGUAUUUCCGAUAUCUACACGGGUCCUCCUGGCGGUGGUGGCGCCAACAUGAUGACAUUCCCUUACCCAGUGAUGCAGUCACUACCUCACCAGACCAACCCCAACCACAACCCCAGCACCCACAACCCUAGCUCUCACAACUCCUUGCAGGCUAACCCAGGCUUGGGGUACCAGCAGCCCAUCAUGCUGGGUGGCUCUCACCUCAGCGGGUCGUCGGUACCGGCUGCAGGAGGCUUAGGGACGACUCCUUCGUCAGUGUACGGGACCCAGGGUGUUAUGAGCCAGGGAACCACAUCUGGAGGCGCUACUAUUACUUCUUCUGCUGCUGGGGCAGCAAGCGUGGCUGCAGCUAAGAAGAGGAAAAUGAAUGAGUCUGGUGGCCUCGGUCCUAUGGUCAACAUUAAGCAGGAACCAGAUCAGGGAGUGACAAACCAUCUGGGGCCUAAUGUGGCAGUGACGUCCUACUCUGAGGAGGACGAGUACAACACCAUGGACCGACAAGUGGGUGCCGUUCCGCUUGAUGCAUCUUACCAGUGUCAUCCGCUUCCAUGACACAAAUUCCAGCACUCCUGGUCCACCCUCUGACUGGACUCUGCCCUCAAAGAAUUACCACUGCCAACCUUCCGAGUAGAUGCUGAUAAAGGUUUCAACUUCUCUAACCCAGAUGAAGCUUUUGUUUGCCAGAAAAAGAACCACUUCCAAGUCACUGUUCAUGUCCAGGCAUCUGGUGAGCCUGUGUUUGUGAAGAGUCCAGAGGGCCUGCAGAAGGUGGACCGCUUUUUUGUGCACUUCUUUGGUGUCAAAACUGAGUCACCGUCGCAAGUAAUACGUGUGGAGCAGAGUCAAAGUGACAGAAGCAAGAAGGCCUUUCACCCUGUACAAGUUGACCUGAAGAACGAUCAAAUGAGCAAGAUCACAGUAGGCCGUCUACAUUUUUCUGAAACCACCAGCAACAAUAUGCGCAAAAAGGGCAAGCCAAACCCAGACCAACGAUACUUCUAUCUAGUAGUGGCACUCAAAGCUCACUGCGGAGACAAUGCAUAUCCCAUUGCUGCCCAUGCCUCAGAGAAGAUCAUUGUUAGAGCAUCAAAUCCGGGUCAAUUUGAAAGUGAUGUGGAGUACACAUUUCAACGAGGAACAUACCCCGAGUCCAUAUACCACAUGGGCCGUGUGGGAAUUAAUACAGAUCGACCUGAUGAGGCACUGGUGAUUCAUGGUAAUGUCAAGAUAACAGGACAGUUGCUACAGCCAUCAGAUAAACGUGCAAAGAAGGAUGUAGCUGAGGUAAGCAUGGCAUGUACUCAAGACUACACAAAAGGUCAUCCUCCAGUAGACAACCAUCAUGAUCCCAUGAUGAGGUCAUCAACCAGUAGACCUACUGUAAGACUGCAUCAUGAUCCCCUGAUGAGGUCAUCAGCCAGUAGACCUACUGUAAGACUGCAUCAUGAUCCCCUGAUGAGGUCAUCAACCAGUAGACCUGCUGUAAAAGAGGUCAUACCAGAUGCAGUGAAAACUACUGGCGACAUAACACUUUCAAACGGAGAAAAAAUUGAAAACUUUCUCCUGGUAAACAAGGAACGGAUAUUUAUGGAGAAUGUGGGCGCUGUGAAGGAAUUGUGCAAAGUUACGGGGAAUUUAGAAAACCGUAUUGGAGAGCUCGAAAUAAUGAAUAAAAAAAUAUCACAGCUUCGAAGAUUUGAAUCCUUUAAGUCAACAUCUUCAUCUGUAUCCACCCGUACUUCAGCUACGUCACGAGUGUCAUCAGUUUGUCACCGAAGUCGCGGCUGCUCCAAGCAUCACAGGCAGAUGGCAGGUAGUGGGCACGACGAUGGCAUCUGUAGCAAUAAGACGCUUCAAGUUACUACAAUUACUCUUGUGUGCAUAAUGGCAUUUUGUUUGAUGGCAAUGGCAACUAUCUACAUUCUGGAUUACCAAGAGAGACGUAAGGAGCUAGCUGCAGUCACAUCAACGACAACAACAGCCACCACUAUAUUCCUGUCAUCAUCUAUGGUGACACCAACACUGAGGUCAGCUACUACAGACAGGACUUCCUUGUCCAGUGAUGAUGGCUCUCUCACAUCUGUUGUAUUUACGACUAAACCUACCUUUGGGAGCACUACACACACUCCUUCAAUUCCAAAACCACCUGUGAUUGGCAAACCAGCAGACUGCCAUGAAAAUAAUUCUAAUGAAGAUCCAGUUUGCCCAGUGUUCUGCUGCCCUACUAGUAAUGUGUGGAUGGGUGUGAUGAGCCCUGUUCACCCAAGCCCAAGCACUGCUGCCACUUCCAUCACCAUCACUCGUCGCAUCAUUCAAUAUGGUACUACAACAGUUCCUCCAACAAUGUCACGUUAUGGUGAGGUCAUAACCAACAAGCUAUCAACCAGUGAUCCCAACACAGUUAAUGAUUCAACAACUCACUCAGAGUCUCAACGGUUUAAGCCUAUGCCCAGCAAGAAAUCUGGAACUCUUGAUCAGAUAGCACGUUUGGCUCGUCACAGGGCACUAAUGGAUCGUCGGCCUUCCAACUCUCGCAGUAUCAAGCAAACACUUAGCAAGCGCUCUAUUCACUCCAAACGGUCCACCGGUAGCUCCUCACAUUACAAAUCGCAAAUGAGUACAAAUGCCCAGAUCCCAACAAUAGAUAUUGUGGAGCUGAACACAACUAUCAACCACUUAUAUUGUCUGAACUCCUCUGACACUUAUCAAGACUGCUUUGCCAACACAGCCAAAAACUAUACCUAUAGCCUGCCCAUUUCAAGAUUCAUGCGACACACCAACCUUACAUUGCACUUCAGAUUCAUGGCAGAUAAUUUUGACAGGCAGCCCUCCUUCUGUGCCAACUGCAGCGACAGCAUUCCCUCGUUUCCAUUUGAGCAGUGUUCUGAUACUGGCACUGUUCUUUCCCCUUAUGAUGUGGUGGAGAGUCAUGGUCCCCGUGACCAUUAUGUUACACUUCUUAAUGUUGGAAUGUGGCAUCAGGUUGCCUACAAGUUCCGUAUACCAGUUGUUGAGGGGGCCGAGGAUCCCUGCAGCUUCACACCAGAGUAUGUUGGAGAAAAAUAUUAUGAAUUAAACUUUAUAUUUCAUAGAGUCUGUACUGAAUAAAGCAAACAAAUUUAUGAUUAUCACAUAUUCUAAAUUUAUUUUAAGCAUCAAUCAUUCAUGUUUA